AUGAUGGAAGUCCAGCAUCCACAGUCUUUUGACUGGGCCAAUGACGCCUACGCUGCCUUUAGCGACGCAUCAAAACACGAAAAUAAUUGGGCGGCUCUCAAUAGCAGUUCGGCCUCCAUGGACUCCACAGCCAUAUUUACCAUACCUCCGGCUCUUCUGACCAACUCAACGGCACGUUUCGGCCAGAUCACUCCACCUGAGGAGCGUUCGCCUGCAGAUUCAGUCCGCCAAGCUAGAGAGGGUUCCAUACCUGUGGAAGACCUCAUGAACGAGUCCUUAUGGCCUUCCAACGGGCAAGAGUACCUGCAGUCACCUCAACAGAACAUCCAACAGCUACAUUCGCCGCCCGAGGUUGGUCAAUCGCCUUUGAAGCGUCGUCGCACUAGCAGGCAGUCCUCUUCAACACAAGCACAGGCCAGCGCAACUACACAACUAGACGAAGACGCGAUUGCCAACCCCCAGCCACCUAAGCGCAAGCGUGGACGACCGAAGUCGCAACCUCAAAUGAUUGAGGCUUACACUACCGAUGGCUUUCCCUUCCAGGUUUCGUCAGCUCGCCAGUCUCAUCUUGAGAAGAACCGUGUCGCCGCACACAAAUGUCGACAGCGCAAGAAGGAAUACAUUGGCGGCCUCGAAGGUCGAGCGCGGGAGUUCUCUACUAAGAACAAGGCCUUGAAAGAGAAUGUUGCACUCCUCAGGGAAGAAAUCUUGAGCCUCAAGAACGAGGUCUUACGGCAUGCUGGGUGCGGCUUCUGGGCAGUCGACGAGUAUCUCGCUCGAUGCGCCGGAGAUCUACUAGGCAUGGAGGCACCCAAUCACUCGCGUACAACCUCGAUGCAGCAUCAGUACAUACGGCCACGCGAGAACAGCAACGACUCUGUCCCCAGCUUAGGCAGCAUGAGCUCCAGCCCUGAUGCGGAUGACUUUGGCGGCCUCGACCUGCUCAAGAACUACGAAGAUGACCUCGAAGUUGAACACUGA